GAGGAAGACGAUGAGCAUGAAGCCGACGCCCGCGCCCCGCGCGCCCGCGAUCGCCUGGAGCGACGACAGCGACGACAGCCUGCUGUCCGCGCCUCCGAGCCCGACGCCAGUUGCAGACGCUGCUGCUGGCAACGACGGUGUGCCGCCCCCGCUGACCGACGACAAGCCCGACGACGAGGGGACCUCCAUCAGCGACGCCGAGGGCUAUACCAAGAUGGACGGCCAUGGUGAUGCACCUGUCGACUACGUGAUUGACAAGGGCUGGGCCUCCAGGACUGAGGACGGGCGCCCAGCCAGGUCGUCGCUUCCCACUCCCAACGGCAUGGCGGUGUUCGUGUGGGAGGACGGAGACAGGUGGCUGGCGCCGAUCAAGCACGUCGACGUGAAGGACCCGCACGUCCGCAAGAAGAAGAACGCCGAGGACACGCCCGACGCGAAGGCUAGCGGCGACAAGGGCGGCGACACGUCGAGCGACAAGAAGGCCAGCGGCGACAAGGCGAGCGACAAGAAGGCCAGCGGCGACAAAGACGGCGACGCGACGGUCAGCGGCGACAAGGGCGGCGACAAGUCGAGCGACAAGAAGGCCAGCAUCGACAAGGACGGCGACGCGAAGGCUAGCGGCGACAAGGGCGGCGACACGUCGAGCGACAAGAAGGCCAGCGGCGACAAGGACGGCGACGCGAAGGCUAGCGGCGACGAGGGCGACAACCAGUCGAGCGACAAGAAGGCCAGCGGCAAGAAGGGCGGCGCCAAGAAGGCCAGCGGCGACAAGGACUGCGGCAUGAAGGCUGGCGGCGACAUGAAGGCUGGCGGCGACAGGAAGGCGGACGGC